CGUUCCCCCGGCGCGCGGAGCCAUGGCGGCCCCGCUGGCGGCUCCGGGAGGCACCGGGGCGGCGGCGGCGGCAGCGGGGCCGGGGCGGGGGGGGCGAGGCCCGGCGCUGCGGGAGGGGGCGCGGGUGUCGGCGCUGUGCCUGGCCUGGUACGGGCUGAGCGCGGGGGGGAACGUGGUGAACAAGCUGCUGCUCGGCGGCUUCCCCCGGCCCGUCACCGUCUCCUUGUUCCACAUCCUGGGGCUCUGCGGGCUCCUGCCGCCGCUGCUGCGGGCAUGGAGGGUGCCGCCAGCCGGCCCGGCCCAGCUGCCGCCCCGCGCCUACCCCCGCUACAUCCUCCCGCUCGCCUUCGGCAAGUACUUCGCGUCCGUGUCCGCGCACGUCUCGCUCUGGAGGGUCCCGGUCUCCUACGCGCACACAGUCAAAGCAACGAUGCCGAUCUGGGUGGUUCUUCUGUCGCGGAUCAUUAUGAAGGAGAAGCAGACGACGAAGGUGUACUUGUCUCUGAUCCCCAUAAUAACUGGUGUCCUGUUGGCCACCGUCACGGAGCUUUCCUUUGACAUGUGGGGGCUCAUCAGCGCGCUUGCUGCUACGCUGUGUUUCUCACUUCAGAACAUCUUCUCAAAGAAGGUGUUAAGAGAUUCCCGAAUACAUCAUCUUCGGUUGCUGAACAUACUCGGGUGCCAUGCUGUGUUCUUCAUGAUCCCAACGUGGGUUUUGGUAGAUCUUUCUUCCUUCUUAGUAGAGAAUGACUUGAGCACAAUGUCUCAUUGGUCCUGGACCUUGAUGCUGCUUAUUAUCAGUGGAUUCUGUAACUUUGCCCAGAAUGUCAUUGCCUUCAGUAUCCUGAACCUGAUCAGCCCGCUAAGUUACUCGGUUGCAAAUGCCACCAAACGAAUCAUGGUCAUCACAGUGUCCCUUAUAAUGCUUCGCAAUCCAGUUACGAGCACCAACGUCCUUGGGAUGAUGACAGCCAUCCUGGGGGUCUUCUUGUAUAACAAGACAAAAUACGAUGCAAACCAAGAAGCAAAGAAGCAGUUACUUCCAGUUACAACUGGAGACCUUGUGAACCUAGACCGGCAUCGGAACACUCCUGAGAAGUCUCAGAAUGGACUUAAUGCGUUUGCACCACACGGAGACUAUCAGUAUGGUCGAACCAAUAUCCUAACAGACCACUUCCAGUAUAGCCGGCAAAACUAUCCAACUACCUACAACUUAAAUCGUUUUGAUAUAUAGAGUCCUGGCAAACAGGUAUAGACUGUGAUAUCAGAGUGUCCCCAACAUUAUCAGAAACUUUUUAGUACAUCCAUGAAUGUAAAGCCAUUUUAUUGUACAGGUUUUGCAGAAGGGAAGAUGCAUGUGUAGUGAAAGCGGUACAGACCUUCAACUUCUGCUGAGCAGAGCUUGAACAUGAAACAGCUCCAUCUGACACUGGAACUAAACAUGCGGUGUAGCUCUUGUACAGAGAUCCUGGUGAAUGCACGUACGUAACUUCAGAGUAAAAUACCUGCUGUUGCUGCUCCUUUUCAGAGUCUGUCAACUGAUGAUUCUUUUGGCAGCUGAAUUCUGGCCAGUAUUUGCUUUCCAUGCUGGUAACGUCACCUUUGAUUUGUUCUCUGAUACAUUUUAGUGAUACUUUUAAUGAAACUUUCAAAAGGAAGUGGAACUUCUGGUUAGCAAGAUUUGUCUGUGUGAGGAGGAUUGACUCAGUUGCAGGUAGGGUAGCCUGAAUUCAUCUUGAGCAACUACCAAACUUCGUGUGGGUAUUAACUACUCCUGCCCUUCUGCCUUCUGCUUUUGAUGGUGAACCAGAAGUGUUUCUGAAAGAGUUGACAGUAGAAUGCUUGAUCUCUUCAGAAAGCAGGCUUGAGGCACAGAGAAACAGAAUUCUCUAAAAUCACGGUUGUCCCACUCACUGUAGAUAACAAACAUCAUUGUUUCCUGAAUAAUGUCAUUCUGUAACUUCAGAACUUGCUCUUGGCAAUACAGAAAACGCCUUCACAAAUAAAGUGUUUGGAAUAAGAUGAUUUAUUUUUUUAAUUGCUUCAUACCUGUUCUUAUAAAACUCCUUUGUUGCUUUAGAAAUUGAAAGGUUUAAGGUGUUUUCUUCAUGAAUUGUGUUCUCUUAUACACUUCAUAUAUUAUGAAUGCAUUCAUUUGAAUCAUCAUUUGAGAUGUUUCUCAAGCCUGUUUUUUUAGCCCCUGAUUGUUAAUUUCCUUACCUACUGCUGUUGGAGUUGCUGUGUGCAUUUAGCCUGACUUCCAUUUUCCACUGAAAGAACUUAAAUUGUGUGUCCUGCAACUCCCCUAGCUUAGACAGUAACUGAUUAAGGAAAAGGUAUUUAAAUCAGCAUUAAGGUGUUAAUUUAUGGUUAGGAAGAACUGAUUCAGUUAGUAGGAAUUAAUUCAUUCUAGACAAGUUGAUUGUUGUGUGUCAGGUACUUUUGUGCAUGUAAGGAAUGAAAGCAGGUGACUUGGGUUUCACUGCAUCAGGUUGGUACUGUUAGUACUUUAGCAAAAGAUGAUUUUAGGGCCUUCUGAUCAGAAAAGCUGUUGUACAGUGAGAGUUUUGAUUGCAUUAAGUACUAUGUUCGUACUAGAGAGAUACUAGACACCAGUGACAAAAUCUAGGGUGUUGUAUAGAGCACUCCAUCUAUUCAUUGCUUUAAAAACUUUCAUGGUGUAAGAUGAUGAUUUGGCUCCUUUCUGGAUAAUAAAGAAUUUAUUUUUAAGUGCAGCGUCAACCUGAUCUUAUUCUUUUGGCUGACUGUGGAGGUAAUUAUGGAACCUGCCUUCCUCCACACAGUCCAAAAGAGGAAAUGGUCCUUUCUGAAACAUCAGAGGCGGGUUAAAUAUGCUGCUAAUGUUUGUGAGCAGAACCUCCUUGACUCGAUUGGUGUUGAAUCUGUUCAUGUAGCUUAGAACUUGGGCUUUUAGUUUAGGAAAUCAAAAUGAAAUAUUCCCUAACCCAGGUUAACAAGGACAGGAUAAUGAGGAAAAGCAUUCUUACAGAUUAAACUUCUUUUGCCUGUUCCAGUAUUAAUUUAUUUAUAAUGACUUCUUUCUAAUAAGGGGAAGUGCAAAAUGUGUCUUUCUAAGGCUCACUUCCCAAUAUUUAAGUGAUUUUGCAUAAGUGCAAAAAGGAUUGUAUGGGCUCAGGGUUUGGAUUUGAUUCUGGCUCUGCAAAAGACUGAUUUGAGGACGAGAUACUUAGGCUGAGCUUUUUAAGAGAGGCUGAAGUUCUCCAACUGCUUGCAAAGGGUGCGAGCUGUAAACUACUGAACUCCUGCAGACACUUAAUUGUCUUCUUUGUGCCUCAGUUUCCCAUUUGGAAAGUGGAAAUGGUUCUUCCCUACUUCACAGUGGGGUGAAAUACCAGAAGCAAGGAGCAGUGGGGGGAUCCCAGGGAUAUACAGGCAUCCUCUGAGUUCAUGUGUGCAUUUUCUGGUAUGUCGCUGUACUGCCUUCAGACAACUUGAAUUCUUAGAUGGAAUGAAGCUCCAUGUACUUUAUUCAGAGCAGAGGCUUUAUUAAAUACAUUUAGGUGACUUACUGUUGAAAGAACAUAACCAGAUCUUUUUUGCAACAGAAAAAGAGAAAGCUUGUACCCACUGCACAUGCAGGGCAAAAAGGGACUGACCCAAAAUGAGGAUACCAUCUGUUUAAGGCCUGGAGAGUGAAUCUCUUCCCUGGAAGCUUUGCCUGACAGAGUGCACGCUCUUCUAGUCCAGGUCUGUGGUCAGCAGGGAUCAUUUUGGGUAGAGGAACAUGUAAUUAAAACGGUUAUGUGAAUUGCGUAACCCAAGAGGUGGUUUCGCUGGGUACCUCAGUCCGAGUCCUUAAGCAAUAUUGCCCACAUCCAGGUGAAGGAAGUUUCUGAUACUGUUGUAAUAUAUAUUUUAAUGCUGGCCCACUGUGAGAUUUUUGUUUGGCAAGGUGGAAUGUUUGUUUUAACAUGGUUUGUAAAUUAAUGGCGUAUUUAACUCUGUACAUAGGUCUGUAGAAAGUAUGGAAACACUGGAAUAAAAAGGGUGUAUCGAGA